CUAGGAGCCGAAGUCAGUUGGCGGCAAUCAAAAGUUCCGAUGAGACUGUUUAUUGUGCUAAGUGUUUGCGUUGUGUUGGCCUCCGCUGGAUAUGGAGGCGGUGAUGGUGGUGCCGCAUCCUCGGCCUCCGCAUCUGCGUCGGCGACCUCCAGCGCCGAUGGAGGCGGUAAAUUUGGAGGCGGCGGUGGCGGCGGCGGUGGCUUAGGCCUCGGUGGCGGACUUGGACUAGGUCUAGGCGGAGGCCUAGGUCUGGGCGGUGGAAAGCACGGUGGUGGCGGUGGAGGCCUUGGACUGGGACUAGGAGGUGGCGGCGGACAUGGCGGCCUCUUUAGUGGCGGUGGUGCUGAUGGUGGAGCAUCGUCCUCAGCUGGUUCAAGUGCAGGCGGCGGCGGCAUCGGCGGUGGAGGUCCUGGAUAUAGCGCCGGAGGCGGAUUGGGAGGUGGUCAUGGCGGAGGCGGCUUCGGUGGCGGAUCCGCAGGUGGUGGUCAUGGUGGCGGCGGCUUCGGUGGAGGAUCAUCAGGAGGUGGUGGUUUCGCCGGUGGAUCCGCAGGUGGUGGUCAUGGCGGCGGCGGAUUCGAUGGUGGAUCAACAGGCGGUGCCCUUGGAGGUGGCGGUUACAGCGGAGGAUCAGCAGGUGGUGGCCAUGGAGGCGGCGGCUUUGGUGGAGGAUCUCUUGGCGGUGGUCAUGGAGGCGGCGGUCAAAGCGGUGGCGGCUUCGGUGGAGGAUCAGCAGGUGGUGGUGGCUUCGCCGGUGGAUCUGCAGGUGGUAGUCAUGGCGGCGGCGGCUUCGGUGGAGGAUCUCUUGGCGGUGGCCAUGGAGGCGGCGGCUUUGGUGGAGGAUCAGCAGGCGGUGGUCAUGGAGGUGGCGGCUUCGGUGGAGGAUCACUAGGCGGUGGUCAUGGAGGCGGCGGCUUCGGUGGAGGAUCUGCAGGCGGUGGUCAUGGAGGCGGUGGACCAGGAUUUGGUGGCGGACCUGGCUUUGGCGGUGGUAUCGGAGGCGGCAGUGCAGGCGCCUCAGCUGGUUCUAGUGCAGGUGCAGGCGCUGGAGGUGGCGGCCAUGGCGGCGGCGGCUCGAUUGGUGGACCAUUCUUGGGCGGCGGCCUCGGUCUCGGUAUUGGAGGCGGCAAACACGGAGGCGGUGGCUACGGUGGUGGUGGCAAACAUGGCGGCGGCGGAGGCGGAGGAUUCGGUGGAGGUGGCCAUGGCGGUGGUGGUCAUGGUGGUGGUGGCUACGGUGGUGGCGGCUACGGUGGUGGCGGCAAAGGUGGUGCCAGUUCCUCAGCAUCAGCGUCAGCCUCAGCUUCAGCCGGCAGCUAUGGCCGUUAGUUUAAUUAACUUAGCUUCACACUUUUUGCCCCAACUACGAAACGAAAGAGUAUUUCCAAGUCAAUAAGACACCUCAAAUAAAUUUUUCUAAUAAAACUAA